CGGCUCUCCAGUGUCUCGUCCCACAUCAGGCCAAACAGUCCAUCAGCUACCAUGAAUCGCUACAUCUUUGCCCUCGCCGCCCUCCUGGCCGUCGCCGCCGCCGACCACCACCAGAAGAAGUGCCCCUGGGUCACUGGCAAGUACCCCUUCGACGAGUCUAAGUUCGCCGGUGACUGGAACGUUAUUGCCUACGUGCCCAACCCCAACUUCGGUGAGAAGAAGUGCACCAAGUUGAGCGUGGCCGCCUUCAAGGGCGAAGCUGGCACCACCCUGAACUACAAGUUCAACUACUUCCAGGACGGCAAGGCCAAGAUUGGUGAGAUGAUCAGCUACCUGAAGGGCGACAAGGGAGCCAUGUCCUAUUCCACCUACAAGAAGGAGGAGACCAGCAAGUUCUCUCCCGUCUUCAAGCAGGCCAUCGUCGCCACCGACUAUGACAGCUACGCCGUCUGCGUCACCUGCAGGCCCACCUUCAAUGAGGAGACCAAGGAGUUCAGCCGCGACCUGUACGCCGUCAUCCUCGCCCGUUCCGCCACCCUGCCCGAGGAUAAGCUGAAGACCCUGAAGAGCAUCCUCACCAGCUACGACAUUGAAUACGACAGCAUCAAGCUGAUGGACCACACCAACUGCUAAAAAUUUAAACCUAUGACGACCUCUGCUGUGCCACACGGACUGAUGAAGCAUUUAAUCCUAGAUUUUGUAGCUUUUCAUGCAACUGAAACAUCUUUUGACAAACGCAAUUUUGAAAACGAAGCAAACUGACCUGAAUGUGAGAAUUUUUAUAAUAAAAAUGAAGAAAACCCCAAAAAA